UUUCGGAGAAAAGGAACGUGUCGCUAGGGUACGCAUCGCGAGUGUAGAUGAUUGUCUGCCGCGGCGAGCGACAAGAGAGUGUGCAUGGAAAGGGUUAUACUUUCGCGCGCGUCGCGUCGUAGAUGGGAAUCAUCGGACCGAGGUGCUUCAUGGGCGUCGUGUCGGGCUCAAUGUCCAUCUUGACCUCGUUCCACUCCUUGACCACCUCGGACGUGCGAUUCGUAAGCGUCCUGUGGAUGAAGCGAUCGAGCCUGCGUGAGCGAGUGCGCGCGCGCGUGCGCGCCCACUCACGUCUUUUUGGUCUUGGCGUCGACGCUAAAGGAAGCGCAUGCAGCCUUGUACUCUCCGGGAUGAUUGAGAGCAGGUUCGAAAUGCUGCUUGGUGUGCGCGCCAGCUACCUUUUUGCACAAUUGUGUCCAUUUGCCUGGCGCAUCGUUUGGCGCGACGUCUUCUGGCAACGUCACGUCUGCGUGCGUGGGCGCGAUGUGAGUUCGAGUCGUGAGUCUCGUGCACGCGCUCUCUGCACCCCCACUCACCGACGUAGAAUUUGGUCAAGUCGUCGCCGUCGCCGUCGCCGUCGCGGAUCUUAUCGUGCGAGGGAAUCGGAGCGGCCAGCGAGCGCGUGGACGCCGCGAGGGCAAGCGCGAGGGCGAUGGAGCAGAGCGGGAGAAGAGUAGAGGGGCGCAUAAUGAAGAGGGGGGAGGUGUGGGUGCGAAUGUGAGUGCGUGUGGGUGCGAAUGUGGGUGCGAAUGUGAGUGCGUGUGAGUGCGUGUGAAGAAAGCGACCCCUUUAUACGCGCGGCGAAUCGAGCCGUCCAGCGAUUGCGAAUGUUCCGACCGCGAGCGACUCGAAUCUACGUCGAGAUGCGUCGAUUCGAGUCGUCGAGGCGCG